GUGUGCAAAUACAGAGUGACCGGCAAAACGAAAGAGUUAGUAUCGUCUAGUCAGUCUCCGGGUGUAGAUAGAAAGAAGUUUUGGUGUUGUACCCCAACGAAGACCAUUCAUUAAAUAUUUUACACUUUUAAGAAUCCUUAGACUGUCAACUUGAAUUAUGUCAGCAACGGCGGGAGGCUAUGUGGUCUAUGAUUGUGACAUUGGCAACGAUGAUGCCUGGGGUUUGCUGAUGUUGAUCAAAGGCGAAAGGCUGUUUCACAAACUCUCAUUGACGGGUCAACAAUUCGAGGGGAUAUCCAGUCGGAGGCCAUACAAAAUAUUGGGUAUAACUUGUGUCCAGGGCAAUACCACUGUUGAUAAUUGUGCCAAAAAUGCUUUGAGGGUAUUGGAAAGUGUCGAUCGUUUGGAUAUACCCGUCUACAAGGGCUGUACAAAUCCCAUUUUACCACGCACUUGGACGAGGGAUCGUUUGUUCCACGGCCAAGAUGGUUUUGGUGAUAUACCCGAUUUACCGGAAGCUUCGAAUGCCAACACUCACAAGGAGCAUGCCGUCAAUAUGAUGUAUUCGUUUGUGUGUCAGUAUCCCAAAAUGGUGGACUUCCUGCUUGUGGGACCUCUUACCAAUUUUGCCAUGUGCAUUAAUAUGUAUGGUUCGGAUUUUUUGGAUAAAGUUGGAAAUAUUUGGAUAAUGGGAGGCAAUUAUAGGGGCAAAGGUAACAUAACAAAAAGUGCAGAAUUCAAUUUUAUGAUGGAUCCUGAGGCGGCACACAUUGUUUUGGAGUCGGUGGAUAAACCCGUAUCCUUAUUGCCAUGGGAGACCUGUAUCGAUGGUGAUAUGAAUUUGGAAAUGGAAUGGCGUCUCAAUGUCCUGGGCAAAGUCGACUCGAAGGCCAUACGCCUCAUGAAUGCAGUUGAAGAAGCUAUACUGGUUAGCAAAGGUUUCGUCCGCUGGAUUGUUUGCGAUGCUGUGUUGGUGGCGGCCUAUUGCUUCCCUCAGCUGGCCAUUACACGUAGCCGUUUGUAUCAUGCCACCGUGGAGCUGACCGGUACUCAUACUCGUGCCCAAAUGGUGCUCGAUCAUUUGAGACGUAAUAAGGAGAAUACUUGCGUUAUUUUAGAAAUUCACAAGCAACAUUAUAAGGAUAUUAUUUCCUGGGCUGGUGGGCUUUACACAGAUAAUGAAAUUAUCGAAGUAAUGAAGGUGUGAGGGAACAUCGCCAGAGGCUAUUAUUAUGUUGUAAGACAAUGCAAUAAAGAAAUAUU